AUGGAUUUAGACCAAGGGGAAACAAUUACGACCGACCACGACAGUGAUGAAGCAGACGAGAGCUUUUACCUCAGCAGGUUAAUGUUGACGGGCGAGCAGCGGUUAUCAUCCCCCAAUUUCUUCUCUUCAGGAGACUUGAAUGAUGGUUUCCGUGGCACAGGCAUUAUAAACCCAAAGACAGGGAAAGUCUUAACUCUCAACACCAUCCACAGACGGAAUCGGUUUGGAGAGACAAAGGUGCAUGCAGCUGUGGUGCAGGGAGACGUUCAAGCUGUCAAAGACAUGAUCAAAGUGGGUGCUUCCGUUAAUGACGUGGAUUAUGCAGGUUGGACUCCACUCCAUGAAGCAGUGGAUAGAAACAACCAUACAAUUACAGAAAUUUUACUCAAAGCUGGAGCUCGAGUCAACUGCAGAGGAUAUAAUGGCAUUACACCUUUACAUGAUGCCAUACAGCAACAUUAUUACGAGAUUGUAGAUCUUCUUCUGAAGUAUGGUGCUGAUCCAUUAUUAAAGUGUGAUGGAGGGAAGACUCCUAUGAACUUGACCACAGACAGUUCUAUGUAUAGACUGGUGGAGAAAUAUCUGCCAAAGGCUAAAAGACAUCCUUGUACAGUUGUAAAUCUUUUCACCACUUAUUCUGCAGCUGUCAUAGGCACAAAAGCUGCACAAAACUCAAAAGGAUCUGGUGAUGCAAGUGAGCAUGAAAGCAGUCAGCAGCCUAUCGAAACUGAACCCAUUUCUGGUCCAAGCGUAGGAAAGCCAAGCUGUGAUCCAUCCAAGAAGUUGGAGACUUAUUUCAAAGUGGAAUCAUCACCACAGACUAGCACCAAUGCACUGUGUCCUGUGAGGGACAAAGGAAGGGACUUCUGUAGCCAGGUCCCCUUACUGGUACAAGAGCUGGAGAAUCAGGGAUCAGACUCCUGUCUAGCCAGUGAUGUUGAGAGUGAUGUUACAGUGGAUUAUACCGAAGCUACUUCAUCUUCACCAGAACAUUGGACUCUUUGUGCCACUCAGGAUUUCUCUGGUUCUUAAUGCAGAUGUUUCAGCAGACUGUCAAAUAUCUGAAAAACUGAAUUGUUAUUUGAAAUUUAGAUGUCUGCAAUUUAGUUAUUUUUUGUUAAUUUACAUUUACAUGCAAUACUUGUUUAAAUGAUCACAAUAUAUGCAUUGAUGUCAUUGCCAUAGUGGCAAAUGUGUAGUCAUCUGUAACAUGUUCUAAGUGUUGGAGUUAUGUGCAGUGAAUUAGUUAUGUGUUAGUGAAUGUGCAGCCACAAUUAAAACAUUUGUUUUGUAAUACAUGAUUUAAAUUUGUUUCAUUUUCUGUUAUCUAAACAUAGUACUGUACAAUUAUAUAAUCAAAUACUUGACACCCAUAUUUAUUUUGUUAUGUCUGAUCUAUUAUAGUGUCCCUUGUUUGGAAGU